UAAACACGUCUUGACAAGGCCUAUUUUAACCAGGAAGAGUAAACACCAAACUGAAAGUACUUUCCAGCCUGGGGAAUAUCGGGGAGGGGCGAUGGAUUUCUUGUUUAUUAACAGUGAAUACACAUAAAAGUUCACACCUCUGAUAAUACAGAUGAUGGCCACGCCCUCCAGCUGGGCACAACAUGGCAUCACCUGUGACUUUUGUGACAACCCCAACCAAAAAUUUUGCAACAUCUGUCAAGUCAGUCUGUGUUUGGAUUGCGUCAGCAAACAUGUGGAGAAGUUCAAAUCCCUAGCGCAUGACAUCGUUCCUUUCACAAAGAGAAAAAUAAAGCUUGUUUUUCCUGAUUGCGAAAUCCACCCCAAUGAAAGAUGUGAGGCCCACUGCAAAAAAUGUGAUGUUCCAGUUUGCCUGAAAUGCAUCCUCGGUCCCCAUAAUGGACACAGAUAUGAAGACAUGUCCGAGAUUUUCAAUAAGAAGAAAAAAGACAUUGAAAAAGAAACCCAGGAAAUUGAAUCCAAUAUUAUCCCUCAGUACGAAAAGAAAAAUGAAGAAACAGAAAACGAGCUAUCCAUUACAAUAACCAAGUUUGAUGAAAUGGCCAAAGAGAAAGAAAAACACAGAAAAUUCUGGCACCAAGAAGUAGACACUAUUUUCAAUAAGCUCGGUUCUUUGCUCAAUGCCAUGAAAGAGAAUCAUCUGACUGUUCUAAAAUCCCACCAAUCCAAAGUAAAAAAUCGAAUUCCAGACAUGACCCAAAGAGUUCAACAAAACAAAGAAAUUAUAAAGUCAAAAAACGUGUCUGCCGUCACCAACUACGAAUCCAAACUCGGAGAAAACAGGAACAUGCCUGCUGACAUUGAUGUAAAAAUGCCGUCACUGAAAACCAACACAGUCCAAGGGAGUGAACUCAGCCUGGAAUUAGAAGAGUACAUGGCUACACUUCAACAGAUAUCAUUAUCCGGUCUGGCAGAUGAUGUCUAUAAAUCACCAAUAAGAAAGCUAUUGGACAAAGUCAGCGUGAUUGCCACCAUUCCUACCGAAGUUAAUCCUCUAUUCCAUGUUGCCUGUGUGGGAGUGGAUGAAGCCUGGGUUAGUGGUGAAGAUAAAACCAUAAGACGUGUUGACAUACACGGGUCUGUACGGGACACUGCCACCACCACAUGUAUCUGGCCUAAUGGCAUCACAGUGACCAGACAGGGAGAACUGGUAUACAGUGAUGGUCGCAAUAGAACUGUGAAUAUUGUCAGACACGGGAGAACAGAGACAUUGAUAACCGCACCACGGGACUGGAAACCAGACAGACUAUGCUGUACUGAGUCAGGGGAAAUCCUGGUCAGUAUGGGUACUACUGAUGAUAGCCAAAAUAAAAUUGUCCGUUAUCAGGGACACACAGUGAAGCAGGAAAUAGAUAGAGGUGAAAAUGGAGAACCAAUCUAUAAAGGAGGGAAAUACCCACUGUAUGUGGUGAAGAACAACAAUAAAGACAUCUGUGCCUCUGAUUGUAAUGCUGACACAGUGGUUGUGGUGGGCAAGUCAGGAAGAGUCCGAUUCCGAUACGACGGUACACCAGCCAGGAGGAAGAAUUCAUUUUAUCCUAAACAUAUAGUGACAGACUCCAUGAGUCAGAUCAUUGUGGCAGAUAUCAACAAUGACUGUCUACACAUCCUGGAUCAGAACGGACAUUUCCUGAGAUGUGUGGACAAUUGUGGACUAGAUGAUGCUAAUGGACUAAGUGUGGACAGUGAGGGGAGGUUGUGGGUAGGGUUACGUGAAUCAGGAGAAUUGAAAGUGAUUCAGUACAUGGAAUAAACACAAAUAUUAACAGACAUCAGAUAAUGACAGAGUUCAAACAGUGCAUGCGUAGGAAAAUGCGUAUACAAAGACUGUCCAAAUAUGAUUCUUUGUCAGUGAUUUAAUAGGGUUUCUUCUGGUACGAUUUACUGUAUCGGUAGAUGGCCAAUAUCUAAGCUCACAAAUUGCAUGAAACGAUUGAAUAAAUCGAAAUUGGGAAGGGGGGUCAAUGCACGGUUCUUGUAUACCAGAGAGAGAGAGAGAGAGAGAGAGAGAGAAAGAGAGAGAGAGAGAGAGAGAGAGAGAGAGAGAGAGAGAGAGAGAGAGAGAGAGAGAAUGAAAUGUCAAUUAAUGCGUCAAGCUUCAGAUUAUCCUCAUGCCCCCCCCCCCCUGAAUUGUAAAACAAAUUGAAAAAAAAUCCCCAACGAAUAUAUGAAAACACACGAUAGUUAAUACCAAUUUCAAUUAAAUUUGAUGCAAAAAAUAGAGUAAAACAGUCGUUAUUUUUUACAAAUGUCUCGCCGUCCCCAUCCCAUUGUUAAGAGAGGAUUCCAUCCAUCACCCCUUUAGGUGCUUCUGCCCCCAUGCCCCACCCCUCAUUUUCAAAGUAUGAAGACAGUAUCCAAUUGUUACAGAUAAUCUCCUCAUUAUUUUUCCUGUGGGUUGACAUAAAAUGGCGCGUCUAUCAAAGUAAGAAUGACCCCAGCAUACGUAAAUUAUAGAUGCAAUUAUCUAAACUUAAUUACCUUUUAAAAUGUAACUGUAAAGCGAUGUAAUAAUUUGUAUUUUUAUUAUCUAACCUCAAUUACGUUACAAAAAUGUAACUGUAAAACGGCAAUAGUUUGUUUCACAUAGAUGUGCCAUGAUGGAGACUGAUUAAUCUACAAAUAUUUGUACAAUACGCAAAGUCUCUAGGCGAAAAGUAUGAGGGACGAACCAUCCAAGGCCAAAAGAUAUGGGGGAGAAACGCCCCGCACACAAAUGAAGAACUAAAUCUCCAUCAAAAAAUGUCAAAUUUGCACAGCAGGUGCCCGUUUCAUUCAUCAAUAGUAUACCCCAUGCACAUAGCCAUCGGAGCAAGAUAACUGACGUAACUGGUGAUUUACUUCCCCUUGGGGCUAUCGUGAUUUCUGCCUGUUUCAUCAGUGAAAUAUGAGGCGCGUGUGGUACUUUUUAAAUUGAAAUAACUUUGUAUGAAAUCAAGAUAUUUCCGCAAAAAUGGUUUCAUUAGAAAGAAGGAUGAUGAAAUUUGCUAUUUCAAUCACUUAUUAAUCCUAAAUUUAUUUAUGACAUUUUUUAAAUUGCUAAUUAUUUCAAAUUUCAUAUGAGUGAGAUCUUUGGUUUUGUGAAAAUAUUCAAUUUUCGGUACUAUAAUGGAAUCUGCAUCUGGUCAAUUUGGUAUCCUAGAAGAGCCCAUUAAUUACACUUAACAGACUAAACCAAGUUGAUACUCUCGGCUGAUUAGUGUUUCAGAUAAUGACCCCCUAAUCUGUCAGGGGUUGUGCGUAUUUAGCCUUUCUUCAAAGCAGGGGUAACACAUUAGGAAGACUAAAUACUGGUUAAAACAAAUAAAUAAGACUAAAGUCUGACUGGAUGAUAUGACGUUUUUAAACGUGUACACAAAUCAUACAGAAAUCAUCCAUGUAACUGUUCAUUACAAAUAAUCUAAGCUAAAACAUUUCCUAAAUUUUGGUUCUAAAGAAGAUGUAUGUCAAAUAUAAAGGGCGCUAGGUAUAGUGACGUUUAAUUGCAAGUGUUCAAAAUGCUCAAAACGGUAAGAAUAUCUAGUGACAAACUUAAUAUCGAAGACAGAACACAAAUUUUUGGUCAACGCUUUAGAAGCCGGCAAUAGAAUUAUGGCCUACGCUGUCAGAACCUUGAUAUCCUGCUACCGAUGGGACUGUCAUAAAUCGUGCCAGAAAUAUUACUUCGCGUGUUGGGUCCUUAAAACGAUUAAUUUAAUCUGUGUUAAUUAAAACGAUUAAUUUAAUCUGUGUUAAGGAGACAUUUUGAUGUUCAUAUGAGUGACCUUGACGGGCAUUUACCAUGAAUUAUCUGAAUUUCUCUUUAGGACAUAAAAAUAAAAUAAAAUUUCUAAACUCUACGCAGAAAUACGAAAUUUCUUAAUUGGGUUAAUUGAGAAUAAGGACAUUGAAUCAAGAAGUCAUAGAGUUAUGUAUGAUAAUUAUGAAUGUCAAGGAAAGUCCAUCAAACAGCUGCGCAAGGCUGGAGGAGGGGGGUUGGGUUAUUGUGCAAUAUGCGUGUUGUAAAAUCGAUGUGAAAUUUUGAUACGUCUUUUGGAUGUGUUAAGUGUUAAAACCGCCGGUGUAUGCUAUAUAGAUGGGUGUUCAUACAAAUAUUUACGAUUUUCUAGCUGUAUAAGGCAAAAAAUACGUUGUUGAUACGUUUUUAGAUGUAAUUGAAAUUUCACAUUGUGUAUUGCGUCAUGUUUCUUGAAUGACCUAUUAAAACACCGUUUUGUUUUUCAAACCUCUUGUUUUGAUAUCCUGUGCUGAUUUUAAGCCGAUGAAAAGGGAAAGGACUGAGAAAAACGGGAAAUUGUGAAAUUCACGACUUCCUUCAAGGUAUCACACCGGUAAUUAUUUUCACUAUAUA